AUGGGAACGAUGGGCUUGAUGCCUACCCUUCUGCACCCUGUCCCGCACAGCACACCAUACAAAGGCAUAAAGGUGCUGGGAAUAAAGCGAGUGGAGAAGGUUCUUCCUGUGGGAACCAGCCUCACAGUCGUGGGCGAGGCAGUGAGGGACGACAGGGGAAGCAUCACGCUGCAGCGGCCACACCAGGGCGGCCCAUUCUUCGUCUCGCCACGCUCCCUGGAUGCUCUCAUUGCCUCCAUCGGCACCUUCUCCCAGUGGUGCCGCUGGCUGUCGUAUGGGUGCACGGCGGUGGGUGCGGUGCUCAUAGUGGGUCGAAUCGUGGGGGGCGUGAUGGAGAGGAGGAGGAGAGCUGCUAUCAGGAGGAGAGUGUUAGAGGCAGAAGCAGCAGCAAGGGAUAAUCAGAGCAACUCAUCAGCCUCACAAAACGAUCCUGCCACGUCAGAUGCAGACAAGGAAGCUGCUGACGGGGACUUGCCAGCUCAGCUGCCCGACACCUGUGUGAUCUGCCAGGAGCAGAAAUACAACUCCGUCUUUGUCCCCUGCGGCCACAUGUGCUGCUGUGUGCACUGUGCAGCUCAGCUCACUCAGUGGCCCCUCUGCCGCCGCCGAAUCGACCAAUUAGUUCGAACCUACCGCCACUGA